AUGGCCGACGCGCCCGACUCCCACAUCGACCAUGCCGCCUCAAUCAACUACUGGAAUUCAAUAGCGCCCAACGUCGAUGGCAUGCUCGGCGGCUUCCCCCAAAUCUCGCGCAUCGACCUACGGGGCUCCGCCAGCUUCCUCGCCAAGGUGCGGCGGCUGGUCCCCGCGAUCCCCGCAUCGGGCCCGCUAAAGCUCGGUGUCGACUGCGGUGCGGGCAUUGGGCGCGUCACAGCAGGGUUCCUGAGCCAGGCGUGCGAGACGGUCGACGUGGUGGAGCCCGUGGACAACUUCGCGCGCGUGGUGCGCGACGGCGAGCUGAAGCAGGCGGGCAACGUUGGCGAUGUCUAUGUCACCGGGUUAGAGGCCUGGACUCCGUCUAAGCAAUACGACUUGGUUUGGAACCAGUGGUGCGUUGGCCACUUGACGGAUGCGCAGCUCGUUGAAUACCUUGUUCGCUGUCGUGAUGCGCUGUCGCCUGCUGGGGUGAUUGUUGUCAAGGAGAAUAUGUCGACGGAUCCUGAUGGCGAGGACGUCUACGACGAGUUGGAUAGCAGUGUCACUCGCACUGACGACAAAUUCCGGGAGCUGUUCAAGACCGCUGGGCUGAACCUCAUCAAGACCGAGGAGCAGUCUGGGUUCCCGGCCAGCUUGAAACUCUUCCCUGUUCGGUUCUAUGCCCUGCGUCCUGCUUCUUGA